AUGGCAUUGGUGACGACGUACGGCAAGCCUGACGUCUUCCUAACGAUGACCUGCAAUCCUAACUGGCCAGAGAUACAGGAUGAGUUGUUUCCUGGCCAAACCGCGCAGGUCCGACCUGAUCUUGUGGCCCGAGUGUUCAGGGCCAAGCUAGAGACCAUGAAAGAUAUGCUGACUAAGGAGCAUAUCAUAGGCGUUGUGAAGGCGUACGUCUACGUGGUAGAGUUCCAAAAGAGGGGACUGCCACAUGCCCAUUUCCCGUUGAUCAUGGAUUCAAGAUAUAAGCUUGUUGUGCCAGAACAGUAUGAUCGUGUCAUAUCCGCCGAGCUUCCUGACAAGCAUAAGUACCCUGAACUUUACGCCAUGGUCGUGAAGCAUAUGAUGCAUGGCCCAUGCGGUGUGCUGAAGCCCAAGAACGUGUGCAUGCAAGAAGGGAAGUGCAAGUGCAGGUACCCUCGGGAGUUCAACAAGACCACCGUACAGGGAAAGGACUCCUACCCUCUGUACAGGAGACGAAAAGAUGGAAGUUCAGCGAAGGUCCGCGGUCAGAUGCUAGACAACAGAUGGGUAGUGCCCUACAACCCUUACCUGCUGCGCAUGUUCAACUGCCACAUCAACGUGGAGGUGUGCUCUAGCAUAAAGGCUGUCAAGUACCUGUACAAAUACAUAUACAAGGGCCACGAUCAUACUUCGUUUAACAUUGACAUACCUGACACUCAAGGUAACAUUGACGAGAUCAAGAGAUUCAUUGACGCGAGGUGGGUUACUCCUCCGGAAGUAAUGUGGGGGAUAUUCGGGUUCAUUCUCUGCGAGAACUACCCGUCGGUCCUACAGCUACCGCUACAUCUGGAGGGCAUGCACAGAGUCACAUUCAAAGAAGGAGAUGACCUGAAGAAUGUUCUUGCCAGUGAUGGCGCGGACAAGUCUAUGCUGACGGAGUAUUUCAAGACUAACCGGGACCGCGACGAUGCAAGACAUAUUCUGUACAAUGACUUUCCAGGAACGUUCAGAUGGCUAUCAACAAAGGUAUGGCAGAAGAGGAAAAACCGGGUUUUCCAAGUAGGACGAAUCGUGUCAGCCAAUCCUGCCGAGGGGGAUCGGUACUUUCUAAGGGUGCUUCUAAACCACGUAACAGGCUCCCAGUCCUUCCAAGACCUAAAAACAGUUGACGGUGUGCUAUGUGAUAACUUCCGGCAGGCCGCCGAGAGGAGGGGUCUCAUCGAGGCCGACAACACCCUUGACCAGUGUCUUACUGAGUCAGCCCAAUGGGCCAUGCCAGUCUCGCUCAGGAGGCUAUUCGCGACAAUCUUGGUAUUCUGUGAGGCCAGCGACAUACGCGGUCUAUGGGAUAGGCACCUUGAGGAUAUGUCUGAUGACUUCAGGUGA